AUGGCGACAACACAACAGGAAAUGUCAAAACUGAUGGAAAACGUCACUCCGUGGUACAGGGAUCCUGGCCGGAGGAAACUCUACGCCCUUUUGGUGAUCGCGCUUCUCUCGGCCGCGACUAAUGGAUACGAUGGCUCGCUCAUGAACGGAGUGCAGUCUAUCACAUACUACGAGAAUUACUUCCAUCACCCUCGUGGGUCAACGCAGGGCUUACUGAAUGCUAUACAACCUGUGGGAGGGGUAGUCAGUCUUAUCCUGGCCCCCUACUGUGCUGAUUAUGCCGGGCGCAAAUUCACGAUUUUUCUCGGCUGCUUGAUUGUGGUCAUCGCUGGUCUCAUUCAGUGUUUCGCCGUGAACAUUCAUAUGUUUACUGCUGCUCGUUUUCUGAUUGGCCUCGGAUCCGGCAUCUCUGGUUUGGCUUCACCGCUCCUUAUCACCGAGCUGGCUCACCCUUGCGAGCGUGGGAAGAUCACCGCCCUAUACAACACUCAAUACUACUUCGGUGCCUUCCUCGGAGGCUGGAUCACUUUUGGAACACUCUACAUCAAGUCCAACUGGUCAUGGAAGCUUCCCAGCUUGCUGCAAUCCGCGCCUUCGUUCGUGCAGUUGGUCUUGGUCAUCUUGCUGCCAGAAUCUCCUCGUUGGCUCAUGUCUCGAGGCAAGGACGAGAAGGCCCUCCACCUCCUCGCCAAGUACCAUGCCAACGGCGAUCGGGACGACCCCCUGGUCCGUUUUGAGUAUGCGGAGAUGAAGGCCUCGAUCGUCCGCGGCGAACAAAAGGGACGCUGGUCCGAACUGUUCAGGACUCGUGGUAACCGCUACCGCGUCUUCAUCUGCCUCUGCUGCGGCGUCUUCUCUCAGUUCUCCGGCACUAGCUUGACGGCAUACUACCUACACAACAUCCUGGAGGCCAUCGGCAUCGACAGCCCCAACUACCAGAACAUGCUCAACGGCUUCAUCCUGAUGGUCAACAUGUUUGAGGCGUGGUUCUGGGCCUGCAUGGUCGACCGGUUUGGGCGGCGGCCACUCUUCUUGAUCGCCUCGAGCGGCAUGUGCUGCACGUUCGCCAUCUGGAUUGCCUUGACGGCCACGCAGCUCCAGCAUCCCAAGCAAGUGGGGUUUGGAAAGGGUGUCAUUGCCAUGAUCUUCUUCCACAACUUCUUCUAUAACUUUGCCUGGAUCUCCCUCAACGUCGCCUACCCCCUCGAGAUCCUCAGCUUCAAGAUCCGCGCCAACGGCCUGUUCAUGCAAGGCCUCGCCACCAACGUCUGCCUGUUUUUGUCCCAGUAUCUGAUCCCGAUCGGCAUCGACGCGGGAAGCUGGAAGUUCUACUUCUUCUUCGAAGGCUGGCUGCUCAUCCAGCUCGUCACCGUCUACUUCUUCUUCAUCGAGACCCGCGGCGCCACCCUCGAGGAGAUCAACCGCACCUUUGACGGCGUCGACGCCGUCGAGGAGAUCAAGCAAAAGGCCACCGAGGCCAUUGGGGUUGCGGACAUCACGGAGAUUGGCGGGCCCAGGAAGGGCGAUGACGAGGACGGUGUUCCUGGCCGGGUCACGCAUGUGGAUGAGAUUCACGAGAAGUCUUCCUGA